GGAAGAUGAGUGUUUGUGUGGAGGAAGAGGAGGACAGAGCAGAGUCUCCAGUGUCCAGCUGUCUGUCUAUGAAGAGUGAUUACUCCAAAGAUGAGCCUCCAUUCUUCAGUAAUGAACCUAGACCCUCAGACACAAAAGAGAGGAAGAGGAGUCAUGUUUCUAUCGAGGAGCAGCUGUCCUGCUGUGUUUUGUGUCAGGACGUCCUGAAGGAUCCAGUCUCUAACAGCUGUGGACACUGGUUCUGCAGACAAUGCAUCACCUCAUACUGGGACCAGUCUGCUUCAUCAGGAGACUCCUCCUGUCCCCAGUGUGGAGAAAGAUCCAGAAAAAGAGCUGGACUGCAGACAGCCAGUCAGACCAGUUCUGUACAAAUGAGUGGUGGUCUGCAGGAGGUUUUAGAUGAACAUAAGAUCAGUCUGCAGACGAGGUGUAAACAUGUGACUGAAGGAACUGAUGAAACAGGAAGUGGAACCCUCCUCAACAGGAUCUACACUGAGCUCUACGUCACAGAGGGACAGAGUGAAGAUGUUAAUACCGUACAUGAGGUGAUGCAGCUUGAGACAGCUCCCAAGAAGAAGACCCUCCAUGACACUCCAAUCAAGUGCCACGAGAUCUUUAAAACCUUACCUGACCAACAGAGACACAUCAGAGUGGUUCUGACGAACGGCGUCGCUGGCGUUGGAAAAACCUUCUCAGUGCAGAAGUUCACUCUGGACUGGGCAGAGGGCUUGGAAAACCAAGAUGUCACUCUGGUGGUUCUGCUUUCGUUCAGGGAGCUGAACCUGAUCAAAGAUGAGCAGUUCAGUCUUCUCAGGCUGCUCCAUGUUUUCCAUCCAACAUUACAGAAGGUCACAGCAGAGCAGCUCACUCUCUGUAAACUUUUGUUCAUCUUUGACGGCCUGGAUGAAAGCAGACUUUCACUGGAUUUCCACAACAAGGAGGUUGUGUCUGACGUCACACAGAAGUAUUCAGUCAAUGUGCUGUUAACAAACCUCAUCAAGGGGAAUCUGCUUCCCUCGGCUCUCGUCUGGAUAACUUCCAGACCUGCAGCAGCCAAUCAGAUCCCUCCUGAAUGUGUUGACAGGGUAACAGAAGUACAAGGCUUCACUGAUGCCCAGAAGGAGGAGUACUUCAGGAGGAGAGUUAGUGAUGAAGAUCUGUCCAGCAGAAUCAUCUCACACGUCAAGACUUCCAGGAGCCUCCACAUCAUGUGUCUAAUCCCAGUCUUCUGCUGGAUCACUGCUACAGUUCUGGACCACAUGUUGACUACAGACCAGAGAGGAGAGCUGCCCAAGACCCUGACUGACAUGUACUCACACUUCCUGCUGGUUCAGACAAAGAGGAAGAAGCAGAAGUAUGAUGAGGGACAUAAGAAGAGUCCACAGGAGCUGAUGGAGGCUGACAGGGAAGUUCUUCUGAAGCUGGGGAGGCUGGCGUUUGAACAGCUGGAGAAAGGAAACAUCAUGUUCUACCAAGAAGACCUGGAGCAGUGUGGUCUUGAUGUCACGGAGGCCUCGGUGUACUCAGGAGUUUGUACAGAGAUCUUCAAAAAAGAGAGUGUGAUCUUCCAGAAAACAGUCUACUGCUUUGUUCAUCUGAGCAUUCAGGAGUUUCUAGCUGCAGUCUACAUGUUCCACUGUUACACCAACAGGAACACUGACGUUCUGGAGGACUGUGUGGGUCAAAAUGUUCAUUCAUCCCUGAAUGUCUUCCUUUGGAAAGCCAUGGAGAAAUCCCUUGAAAGUAAAAAUGGCCACCUGGACCUGUUUGUUCGCUUCCUUCAUGGCCUCUCUCUGGAGUCCAACCACAGACUCUUAGGAGGCCUGCUGGGUCAGAUAGACAACAGUCCAGAAACUAUCCAGAGAGCCAUCAACAACCUGAAGAAGAUGAACAGUGAUGAUAUCUCUCCUGACAGAAGCAUCAACAUCUUCCACUGUCUGAUGGAGAUGAACGACCACUCAGUCCAUCAGGAGAUCCAAGAGUUCCUGAAGUCAGAGAACAGAUCAGAGAAGGAACUCUCUGAGAUCCACUGCUCAGCUCUGGCCUACAUGCUGCAGAUGUCAGAGGAGGUUCUGGAUGAGUUGGACCUGCAGAAGUUCAACACAUCAGUGAAGGGAAAACUGAGACUGAUUCCAGCUGUGAGGAACUGCAGAAAGGCUCAACUUUCUGGCUGUAGACUCUCAGAGACUCACUGUGCAGUUGUGGCCUCAGCUCUGAAGUCCAACCCCUCCCAUCUGAGAGUGCUGGACCUGAGUAAAAACAAGCUGCAGGAUUCAGAUGUGAAGCUGUUGUGUGCUGGACUGAAGAGUAAAAACUGUAGACUGGAGACUCUGAGAUUGCGUGAGUGCUGGUUGUCAGAGAUCAGCUGUGAUUAUCUGGUCUCAGCUCUGAAGUCCAACCCCUCCCAUCUCAGAGAGCUGGAGUUGAUUAACAAUGAGCUGCAGGAUUCAGGAGUGAAGCUGCUGUGUGGUUUUCUGGAGAGUCCACACUGUAGACUGGAGACUCUGAGAUUGAGGUACUGCAGGUUGUCAGAGAUCAGCUGUGAUUAUCUGGUCUCAGCUCUGAAGUCCAACCCCUCCCAUCUGAGAGAGCUGAACCUGGGUAACAACAAUCUGCAGGAUUCAGGAGUGAAGCGGUUGUGUGAUCUUGUGAAGACUCUGAGGACUCUGAGAUUGAGGGACUGCAGUUUGUCAGAGAUCAGCUGUGAUAAUCUGGUCUCAGCUUUGAAGUUCAACCCCUCCCAUCUGAGAGAGCUGGAGCUGAGUCACAACAAUCUGCAGGAUUCAGGAGUGAAGCUGCUGUGUGGUUUUCUGGAGAGUCCACACUGUAGACUGGAGACUCUGGGAUUGAGUCACUGCAGUUUGUCAGAGAUCAGCUGUGAUUAUCUGGUCUCAGCUCUGAAGUCCAACCCCUCCCAUCUGAGAGAGCUGGAGCUGAGAGAAAACAAACUGCAGGAUUCAGGAGUGAAGCUGCUGUCUGAUCUUGUGGAGAGUCCACACUGCAGACUGGAGACUCUGAGAUUGUGGGACUGCAGUUUGUCAGAGAUCAGCUGUGAUUAUCUGGUCUCAGGUCUGAAGUCCAACCCCUCCCAUCUGAGAGAGCUGAACCUGGGUAACAACAAGCUGCAGGAUUCAGGAGUGAAGCUGCUGUGUGGUUUUCUGGAGAGUCCACACUGUAGACUGGAGACUCUGAGAAUGAGGAACUGCAGUUUGUCAGAGGUCAGCUGUGAUAAUCUGGUCUCAGCUCUGAAGUCCAACCCCUCCCAUCUGGGAGAUCUGGACCUGAGUAAGAACAAUCUGCAGGAUUCAGGAGUGAAGCUGCUGUGUGGUUUUCUGGAGAGUCCACACUGUAGACUGGAGACUCUGAGGUUGUGGGGCUGCAUUUUGUCAGAGAUCAGCUGUGAUUAUCUGGUCUCAGCUCUGAAGUCCAACCCCUCCCAUCUGAGAGAGCUGGACCUGAGUGACAACAAGCUGAAGGAUUCAGGAGUGAAGCUACUAUGUGGUUUUCUGGAGAGUCCACACUGUAGGCUGGGGACUCUGAGAUUGGGGGACUGCAGUUUGUCAGAGAUCAGCUGUGAUCAUCUGGUCUCAGCUCUGAAGUCCAACCCCUCCUAUCUGAGAGUUCUGGAGCUGAGCUUCAACAACCUGCAGGAUUCAGGAGUGAAGCUGCUGUGUGGUUUUCUGGAGAGCCCACACUGUAGACUGGAGACUCUGAGAUUGAGGGGCUGCAGCUUGUCAGAGAUCAGCUGUGAUUAUCUGGUCUCAGCUCUGAAGUCCAACCCCUCCCAUCUGAGAGAGCUGAACCUGGGAGCAAACUACCUGCAGGGUUCAGGAGUGAAGCUGCUGUCUGAUCUUGUGGAGAGUCCACACUGUAGACUGGAGACUCUGGAGACACUGAGGAAAUAAAGCUGGAUUCCAGCUGACAGCAUUACAAGAUGUACAGAGACAGUGGUCCUCAUUCAUCAAACUGUUGUAACAUCAAAUCUGAUCUCAAAGUGUAGAGUGGAGAGGAGAGCUUCAUCCAGCAGUGACUGACAGAGGUAUCACAACCAGUGGAGAUGACUCUCGUAGCUGCAGUCUGAACUGCUCUAAGAUAUCAUCAGUGUAUCUGGACUACUCUGCUGCUGCCCUGUGGAAAGAUGGAGAUUUGCAGUUAAUUUCCACAUUAUACUUCUAAUUGAUUUUGGUAUUUGAUGUGAAAAAUCAUAAGAAAAAAAUAAGGGAAGGAAGAUCUUGCAGAUUUAUCUGUGUGCCCAUUUUCUGUCCAUCUGUCAAUGCUCCGUCGCUCAGUUGUGUGAUAAAGUAGUCUACUAUUACUGUUGGGUUUUUUGUUCUAUCCACACAACAUAGUGACUAAAAUCAUCAGUGCAACCACUGAUGGCUAUGCAUGGCUUCUGCUUAUCAUACAAAUCCACAUGCCAUAGCACUUUGGGACCUUUGUUGUGGGACUCCCUGUGAAUCAGUCGCCAUUCCUGCCUGUAUGUACGACACCAAAUGGGGAGGGGUCACCACCAAAACAGUCUGAUCAUUAAUCGUAAUAAUCAUAAUGUUAUACACAGGGCACAGCGCCUGCUGUUAUCAGAUUUUACUGUCAUUUAUGAUUGUGUAUAUCUGUCCUCUCCUCUGUAGGACAGCCAGCAGGACUCACAGGCUGCAUCCCAAGUCUCUUAGACUUAAAAGAUUAUCUUUAAUCUCGAAACAUCUACUUUAUUCUCAAUAUUUAGACUUUAUUCUCAAUAUUGAGACUUUAUUCUCAAUAUUUAUAAUUUAUUUUCAAUAUUUAGACUUUAUUCUCAAAAUGCAAAAUGCAAACAAAUCUUCCACCUUCCACUUUAUUUUUUACUCAUGUGUGGCCCUCAUACUCUUUUGUAAAUACCAGACUUUUCUCAUAGUUUAACAGAUAACUGUUUGUAACAAAAAGAUAAAACCUGUUGAAAGUUCGGAUUUAAACGAAGCUUAUAUAUCUUUAAUCUUUUAAAAUAGUCUAUUUUUCUAGUAUAUCCAAACAGAUUGUGUUGUUGCAGUUAUUGAUGCUAUUUAUCUAUUUUCAUUUUGUUAUUUGGUCCAUUGUUAAAUAUUGAUUAGUUACUUAAAGUUACUGAAAUAUCUGGAUUUUGGUGAGAAGUCAGUGCUGUGUUGAACACUGGUCACACAUUGAACACCAGAACAUUUGUACAGCAUACAGACAAGUUUUUUCUUUUGACACGAAAUCAGUCUGCAAACAUAUGUUUAGAAUUUAUGUAAUGUGUCAUUAUUAGCAAUUAUAAUCAUCUAUGUGUAUAUAUUUGUUCUGUUUUCUCAUAUUGUAUCAAAAACACAAAUCUGUAUAUUAAAAUCACAUCUUACUUUUGA